UUGUGGAAUCUAGAGUAUGCAAUUGAAUGUGAUACACAAUGUUUGCUUGAGGCUGAGUUUGUUGUUGCGACACAAGUGGAAUACUUUCCAUUUUUCGACGCAAAUUAUGCGCAUUUGAAAAUCUGUCUUUAAAAUUCUCAAUGAAUGGAAGGGUCGGAAUAUUUAUAUCUGUUCCUACCCUUGGUCACUGGAUAUUACUGUUUAAUUAACCAAUGAAAGUUAAGAGUCACGGGAUUUAUAAAUUUUAUCCCUCCCCUCCCUUAGUAGAUAGUUGAAAACUAGUGAGAGCUGAAAUAAAAAAUAAUUUCAAUAAGUACAUCUAGUUGUACAUCACAAUAAUGUCAAUGCUCAUUGCUCAUUAUUGACUAGAAAAUGAAAGAAAGUUUUCACAAAUGAAAGCCAUAUACUCUUAAUUGAUAAUCGCUAAAGAGGAUUACGACCGACCAUUACGAUACGUAAAUUUCACCAAGUAAAUCCAUGGGAAAUAUAGCGUAAUUUGUGUGGAUUCUCAACGCGUGCGUUCUUGUCGUGUCAAAUGACACACAACUUAAUACUGUUUGAGAGUUUACUCUAGAAAAAACAACAAAAUAUUGGAAUAAAUGUUGGGUUUGUUCAGGAAGGUAUCAAGAAUUAUUUGCGUUCUUUUCGCAAUUCUUGUUGUAUUCAACUCAAGACAAAAUGACGUUGUUGGUCGUGUUCAUAUUCGCCCUACAAUUAUACAAGCUCUUCCAACGUCAUCUACAAGCAUUUAUUUACGUUGGAAAGAACCAAUUCAGCAUCCAGGUGGCAUAAGUUAUAACAUUUAUAUAAAGAAGGGGAUGGGAGAUUUUUCUUUCUAUCAAAAUAUUUCCGCUGUGACCAGACAUUCUGAUGUUUUACUUGACAAUCUUGAGCCAAAUACAAGAUACGAAAUUUGUGUUGGUUUUGUCGACGAGCAUCGUGCAACAAGAAACAAUUGUGGGAAUAUUGCAGUGAUUACUACACCAGCACAAAUAGGUCAUGUUUCAAAAAUUGAUCGCAAAUAUUUAACGAAAGGUGAUUUUUAUCGUGGUUCGUCUCAUUACUGGCCACUAGAUGUUGAUACCCAACUAAGAGAUGUGCGUUUCUCACGAGAAGGACGAUUUAAAGGAUCGCGCGGUUAUAUAAAAAAUCUCGCUAGAGGAUAUUUAUCGUUAUCCGGUCAUAGUUGGGUUAGAUUGGGAAAAUUUGCAAAAGAUUGCAUUUGUCAACCUAGAUUAUGUCGCAGCAAAGGCAUUAGUGUGGGAUUUUGGUUGAAACUACCUAGGUUUGAUACAGAAAGCAAGGUAAUAUUUGGCAAUGAAAAGCAGUCACUUAUAAACAAUACUGGUUUUUUAAUCUACCAAACAUCAAGUCGUAUAAAUAACAGGUUACAACGUUUGGUUAUCGCACAAGUAUACAUUUCAAGUCAUUUGUGGAAACGUAGUUUUCCUGUUCAACCUGGCACUUGGUUUUAUUUAACGGUUACGUGGUCAGUGGAAUCAGGACUGCGCAUGUACAAAGAUAGCAUAUUGGUAAACAAUCAAAGACAGCCAAAAAACGAGCAUUGGGAAUCUACAAAGAUUAAAAAAUGUGUACUUGCUUUGUCCCCACCUAUCCUUAAUGGUACUACACUUAACGCAGAUUAUGACGAUGUGGUGAUAUGGGAAUAUUUACUUAAUCAUUCAUUAAUGAAUCGUGUUUAUCAAAGCACAAUUGAUCCUCCAAAAAUCGUCGAUUGUAAAAACAACUGGUCGUCAUUAAUUGUGACUGUCGAUGAUCGACAUCAGAUUUAUGACAUUGUGCAUGAUUUUGAGAUGACUUGGUGGAAAAGUGGCAGUGAUAGAAAAUCAAGAAUGAUUUCAAAUAGCUCAAUUUUUAUGAUUUCUCAAUUGGUUCCAGAUAUUGAGUAUUUUGUUAAAGUAAGACGAAGAAUGUUUGUAUCGGCGCCUUCUAAACAACGACUAGAUGAAGUACCGUUAAGAUCUUAUACAACUACAUGCAGUACUAAAGUAAAAGUUCCAAGUGAACCGAAGAAUUUCAAAGUUCGUGAAAAAGCUGACACUUAUUUCUUGCUACAAUGGGAUGCUCCAAAAUCAACUUAUGGUCCAGUCGUAGGAUACACGAUCUCGUAUCGUGUCGAUGAUUUUGAAAAUCCGCCAAAAUGGACUACGUCAUAUCGUGCUGAUGUCAUUAAACAAAGAUCGCUGCAUUUAAGGAAUCUUCUUCCCUUCACGGAUUACAUCAUUCAACUUUCUUGUCAUAAUGAACAUGGAAGGGGGAAAUCUGUGUCAAUAAAAGCCACAACUGAUCAAGGAGUUCCCAGUCCACCUCGAUUUCUAAAGGCAAAAGUAAAGGAUGACACGAUAAUGCUAAAAUGGCGCGAACCACGCUACUUAAAUGGUUUAGUAAAAUUUAUGCUGUUCACUAUUUUAAAUGGAACUGGAAAUCAAAUGAUUUGCCAAAGUUGUAUUGAAAGUCAUAAAGUGGAACAUGCACAGCAACUGACAAACUAUACAUUUUUUGUUGUUGCACAAAAUGUAAAUAAUGAUGCUCGGUAUAGAAGUCUACCUUCAAAUUACGUCACUGUCAUUACACCAUCUUACACUCCAUCUCCUCCACAAAAUGUUUCCAUGAACUUCACAAUCGCUGGCCUCCUUGUCAACUGGAAACGUCCUUCGAAAACUAGAGGAUCUAUCGAGUAUAAGUUAUUGAUAUCAAAAAACGGUAGCAGCGCAAUUGUCAUGUGUGAUGAAUGUGGAUUAAAUCAUUUGAUUAAAAAUCUUCUCCCUCAUAUGGAAUAUACGUUAUGGGUUAUUGCAUAUAACGUCUUUAAUGCGUAUGAAAGUGAACCAAGUGAAAAGAUUAUUAUAAACACUGCGAAAUAUGUUCCAACAACUCCGACCAAUAUAAAAAUCCACGAAUAUUUUUCUGGAGUUGAGAUAUCUUGGAGUUCGUCGAGUGUAGCUGAUGGCAAAGUGCAUUAUAAUUUACUGGGUCUUCUUAAUGGCGUGAGGAAAAUAUUUUGCACCAAAUGUGGCUUGAGAUACAUGUUGAAUGAAACUCGACCAAGAAUGUCGUAUUCCUUCUGGGUUAUCGCUUAUAAUAUCAAAGGUGGCUUUGAAAGUUUGCAAAGUUCAGUUUUUUACUUUGAAACUCCUCAUAAAAUUCCAUCUCGAGUCGAUAAUAUUAUGCUCUCUCAUAUCAACGACUCAAAUGCUAUUGUAACGUGGAGUUUCCCAAAAGGCUUGAAAAGUAGCGAACGAAUUAUAGGUUGCAAAGUUAUUCUAUACGAUUUCAGAGGUGAAGUAGACGUAAAACAGACCAUUUAUUCUCAUGUUGAGUUUAAUAAUUUGGCUCAAUUCUCAAAAUACUACGUCACUGUGCAAGCAGUUUCUCGCGCCGGAUAUGGUCCAACAUCACCACCACUAACAAUUCAAACUAAAGAUAAAGAUGAAUGUGCAGGGGUUAAUGAUGAUGUAUGCAACAAGCAUGCGCAUUGUACAAACUCCGCUGGAUCGUUUUUCUGCUCCUGCAAUACUGGUUAUAUUGGUGAUGGAUUAGUUUGUAAAGUUUUACCUUCUGAUGCAAAAGAUGAAGAUUUUUGUACCGAGGAACGUUUACGAAACAUCACUUGGAAAAAGACUUAUUACGAUCAUGAAGAUAAAAACGUCUGCCCUCGGGGAACUACAGGUAUUGCAACUCGAAAGUGCUUGAAAGGAAAUUUCAGCAAAUCGCUCUGGGCAAAUCCUGAUCUAAGCAAUUGCGUUUCGAAUUGGAUGUUACAAAUUGAUGACCAACUUGCAGAUCGAAGAUUGAAUACGAAAUAUGUUAGUCUUUAUUUCUUGGAUCUACUUAACAAGAAUGAUGUUAAAGGAUUAUAUGGUGGUGAUGUUAUAAAGUCUGUUCAUGUAUUAAAUAUGUUGAUAAAUAGAAGUAUAAACAACGAACUUAAUGAGAAUAAAUCAAAUCGGCAGACAGUUGAAACACUGCUUAAGAUUUUUGUGAAUAUCAGUGGAAAGAUUAUUUCUUCAAAACAUUCAAACGUGUGGAAUGAUUUACCAAAGGAGAAACAAACGGAAGAAAGUUUGAAAAUAAUCGAGAAUCUUGAUCGUGUGAUUUUAACGGCAGCAAAAACUGUCAACUAUUCGUCAAUAGCUGAUGAAAACAUCUUUGUUAUUUACGGAAGAAAAUCUAGCUUUUUACAACUGCAAUCUGACUUUGAUAUGAAAAUUGACAUGAUGAACGUCACACUACCCGUAGAAACAUCAAAAAUAAACACUGAAGACGAAUCGGUCGCCAUUGUGAAGUAUAUGACAUUAUCAGACAUUCUUUCUCCCAACAAACAAAGAUUUAGAGACCUUGGCUUCAUCAAUUCACCUAUCCUUUCUAUAUCUAUGUAUCCUCCGUUAUCCACACCGUUUAAAAAUCCUCUUGAGUUUGUACUCAACAAUAAAAAGACGGGUCAUUUUGACGGUCGCAAAUGUGUAUUUAUCGACAACUCCAGACAUGCCGGUUUAUGGUCCAACAAUGGAUGUAAAGUAUUCAAUUACACUGACAAAUUUACUGUAUGUCAUUGUUAUCAUAUGACCAGUUUCUCUGUUCUUAUGCAAGUCACUCCCGUCUCUUUAUCUCAUUCUGACGAGCUUGUCCUUAGUUGGAUAACAAUUGUUGGUCUUUCUAUUUCUUUGGUUGCUCUUGGUCUUGCCUUCCUUACUUUCAUGCUUCUACCACGACCUUGCGGUCAUAAAAAUAAUUCUCGAUGUUUCAUGAGGUGUGAUAAAGGUUAUAGACCAAAUUAUUUGAAGAAAGUUCGUACAAGCAUUCAUUCGAAUUUGAUAUUGUCACUUGCUGUUGGGGAAGUGGUAUUUUUAUGGGGAAUUGAAAGGAGACAGGAUAAGACAACGUGUUUUAUCGUCGCAGUUGCUUUACAUUAUUUAUUUCUGGUUGCAUUUCAUUGGAUGGCAGCUGAAGGGGUUGUGUUGUACCUUUAUUUGAUCAAAGUUUUUCAAAGAAAAAGUGCAAAUAAAGACAAACGAAUGUUUAUUUUGAUAUGUUGGGGAAUACCGGCAGUGAUUGUGUGCUUUUCCUUAGUUGCUGGUCAUCGAUAUUAUCUUCACGAAACUUGCUGCUGGUUGUCACUAUCUCACGGUAUGAUAUGGGCGUUUGUCGGACCCACUUUGGCAAUAAUUUUGGUUAACACCUUCUUUCUUUGCUGCACAUUUUAUGUGAUGGAAAAACGCAAAAAUUGGGCAAAAGUCGACAAGAGCAUUAUAGAUAGAAUAAGAUAUUGGACAAAAGGGGCUGCAAUUGUCAUGUGUUUACUUGGAGUCACCUGGGUGUUUGGAGUUUUUUACAUUGACAGCAAUUCAGUUGCUCUUGCUUAUCUUUUUACCAUCUGCAAUGUUUUUCAAGGCUUAUUCAUUUUUAUUUUUCAUUGUCUUUUGGAUGAAAAGAUUAGAGCGCAAUAUUAUCGUGUGUUCUGUGCUGUUACCGAUAUAGAAUCUGGAUCACACAGUAAUUCUGGGGGUAAUAAACCGUUCUUGCUGUGGUCUUUUUUUCCAUUGAAACUCCAUGAAAAUACAAAAUCUGAAAGUUUUCCUACCGAUGCAGACAAUGUGCUUAAACAAAGAGUGAGUUCCAGUCAUUCACUUUCAACUAAUAAUGAUCGUCAAUUGUUGGAGGUAAAAGAAGAGGCUGAACUCGCGCGACCAAGAGGAAUGAGUUCUAUUUAUCAUGAUAGUGAUGAAAAUAUGGACAACAUACCAGAUAAUAUUACGACAGUAAAACACGGCUCAAAAAGUAACAGUGAAAGACAAAUUUACGAAGAGGAUACAUCAGUUGUUGAUGGAUACUUGCUAUCAACAUUGUUACAAGAAAACAGUGAAGAAUUUGUUGAAGUUCCUCGUGCGAUUUGUGAAAACUGUGUUUAUGAAGAUAAAGAUUUGGAUGAACAACUUGAAAAAAUUGAAAAAACGAAGAGUUUACAAGAGAUAGAAGUAUAUACCGAUGUUUCUAAAAUCGAUAAUCAUGAAACAACUGAAGAUGAUGAGACUAGAUCAUGUAAAGACAGUGAGGACAACGAGGAACAUUUGGGGUUACUCAUUCAUGAUAAUGCCAAGAAUGAAUCAAACAGUUCAUUCUGUAAACCGUACAGAAGUGUUAUCCCAAACAUUGUUUUGUCAGAUUUUUCAAAAUCUCCAUCUUCAAAAUCUCCACCUUACUUAAAAGAAAUGUUAGCGAUUUCUUAUGAAGGGCAGAAAAAUGUCUCAGAAUGUUCGGAGACAACUUCUCUCUAAAAAUGGCAAGAUAAUUAAAUGUUGGGUAUCUUUUCUUCUGUUUCUCGAGACUUUAUUCGGUCAUUGUGCCGAUAUUUACGUCAUCGGCACUCGGGGUUCAUUGCUUAAUAUAGAGAAGAAUGAGCGCCGUAUAAAACUUUUGUGGCACAAAUUAUACUCAGAAGGUUAAAUAUCGUCACAACUUUAUACGCAAUAUAUUUAUCGAAAUUGAGGAUUUUUUCUCUAUUUCUAUUGUUUUAUAACUGCUGAUGUGUUUAUUGUAGUAAGAGAUUGUAAAAUCAUGUUGCAUACUUAGGGUAAAUAUUCUGUUCUGUUUGCGUUUAUUAUUUUGUGUUAAUACAUCAAAGUUGCACAGAGA